AAUACCAAUGCUGUUCCUUCAACUACAACUACAACUACCCAAAGUUCAAGUGCUUCAUCAUCUACAACACCUCCAAAGGGUUCAAAAGCUCCAAAGAGAAGCAGAAUAAAGAAAGUUGAUGGGAAAUGGAUCUUACCCCAAGUUACCAGAGAACAAUGUCAAGAAGCUAGAAAACUGUUGAAAACUCAAGGUAUGGAUAAAUUCUUGGAUUAUUACCUACCCGAUAAUCCAAGAGGUUCUGAUAUGUUGUACGUUGUUGUCAUAUUAGGGUUCUAUUCAAUCAAAUUUGAUGAUGAUAUUGAUGAUGAACAAAAUUUCAUGAAAAUUGUGAAAUUAUUACAAAGAGCCAUGAAUAGAGUUUUAUACAUGCGUACAAGACUUGAUGAUAUUUAUACAGUGGAACAUGCAUUACAACAGAUUGAAAAAGCCAGUAAAAUAUUGGUUUUAACUGGGGCUGGUAUCUCUACAAGUUUAGGUAUUCCAGAUUUCAGAUCUUCAAAAGGUAUUUAUUCCCAAGUUAAACAUUUAGGUUUAUCUGAUCCUCAAGAAGUUUUCGAUUUGGAAACUUUUAGAGAAGAUCCAACUAUUUUCUAUAGUGUUGCUCAUAUGAUCUUACCACCAUUAGGGUCUUAUACACCAUUGCAUGCAUUCAUUAAACUUUUAGAAGAUAAAGGCAAGCUAUUGAGAAAUUAUACACAAAAUAUUGAUAAUUUGGAAGCUAAUGUUGGUAUUUCAAAAGAAAAAACUAUUCAAUGUCAUGGUUCAUUUGCUGCUGCUACUUGUCAAACUUGUCGUUGGAAAAUUGAUGGAUCUAAGAUUUUCAAAUAUAUUAAAGAAUUGGAAUUACCAGUGUGUCCAAAUUGUUACAAGGAAAGAGAAAAAAGAUUCAAUAGAGAUGAAAACUAUUAUCCAAGAUCUUAUGGUGUUAUGAAGCCUGAUAUUACUUUUUUCGGUGAAGAUCUACCAAAGAAAUUUCACGAUUCCAUCAAAUUAGAUGUCCAAGAAUGUGAUUUAUUAAUUUGUAUUGGUACCUCUUUAAAAGUUGCACCUGUUAGUGAGAUUGUCAAUAUGGUGCCUGCUGAAGUUCCACAAAUAUUAAUCAAUAAAGAUCUGGUUGAGCAUGCCGAAUUUGAUGUCUCUUUGUUAGGUUAUUGUGAUAAUGUGGCUGCUUAUUUAUCAAAUAAAUUAGGAUGGAAAUUGAACCAUCCUGAUUAUGAA